AUUUACAUUCAAACAAAUUCUCACGAAAAAAAUAAAACUAUAACUUAAUUAAAUAUUUAAAACCAUGUUUAAACUAUCGCUGGCUAUUGUAUUGGUGAUCGCCUAUCAGUGCGAAUGCGAGUUUGAUUACAGCCAGUACUGGCCGGGAGGCAAAACAACCGGCGCUCCCAUUGUGCUGGAGUGUGGGGUCGGACUCAUACCAAUCAACGGCGAUAAUAACGGCACACGCGAUGCGGCGCCGGGAGAGGUGGCCUUCCAGGUGUCCCUCCAGAAGAAGGUCAGUGGAAAGUGGGCGCACGCAUGCGGUGGUGUUGUGGCCACCAAUGGCUUUGUCUUGACCACAGCCAGCUGUGUCGGCGGAUCAAACACCGAGGCGUUCACGCGCUCAGAGGCCGGUAACGUGAACCUAACGAAAGGCGGGUGGACU